AUGCAAUCUGCAUCGCUGAUAUUCAACCCGUUCUUUGACGGGAUGCUAAUGGUCCCAGCCGACGAGUUCGCCCAGGAUACGGAGGUGAUGGCGGAUAUGGUGAAGAAUGAGAAGCCAGUUGUAUGUACGGGGGGCAUCGGGAGGAAGAAGGGCAAGAAAACCACCGCCGUAGUGGCGGACACAAAGGAUCUUUGGGGCAUGCUGCACGCCGACGACGCGGGCAUUGUGUCACAUGCGCCAGAGAGCCUCGAGAAGAUGGCGUCGAUCUUCGUGCGCGUGGCAUGCCUGUGCGAACUGAUGGUAUCAGAACCGAAGACGGCGAUCAUGUGCCUGCUGCCGAAAGGAACGGAGGAGUGCCUGUUACGGCGACGCGUCGACUGCCGCCUCAAGGCUUUUUUCUUCGCAUGGAGGACGACCGUCCCCAAGCGCCUUCUGCUAGGAACGAUGGCGGGGGCAAGGGGUACCGGGGGGGAGGAGGGCGACUGGGUGUCCCGCCUAGGAGAGGACCUCGUGACGUUCGGCAUGGAAGAUGAAAAAGGGGAGUGAAAAGAAUGGAAGUCGAGGACCAGGAUGAGUGGUACGGCAAGAUCGAUGGAGGGGUAGCACGGUUCAUGAAUAAAUGGCACGAACGGGAAACAGAGGCCUCGGCGAAGCGUCCUAUCGCCAGGCAGGCGGAGGCGGGGCGUGCGGUCGCUGCUGGGCCGAAGAGAAAGAGAAGCCGAGAAGCACGCGGGAGAGGAAAAGAACUGAAUAGGCAGGCGAAACCGCCGUUGAAGAAAAUCGGGCCGCAGGGGUCGCGUUCGUGGCGAACUAUGUACCCGACUGAUAUCGUCUCUGGUCUCCCUGUCAUUCUGUACUAUGUUUUUCCUCUUUCUUCUUUUCAUUUCUUCCCUGGAUUUCUUUUUCUUUCUCUGUGUCGUUUUUUUUUUUCUGUCUGCAUGCUCUCCCUUUCGAUCAUUCCCCCCCCCUUUUGCUCUCGGCCUCUAAGCCAGCUGGGCCAAUGGUUGGUUGGAUGCGGCCAGUUGGCUGUUUGGUCGUUUGGUCGUUUGGGCGUGUGGGGUCUUGGCCUUGUGGUCCUUUUUGGCCUUGGUUUUGGUCUUGCGUCACUACUUCCUUGCUAUUUGUCCUUUUUGGCUGCUAUUGUCUGUUUUUCCGACACGCGUUUUUCUAUCAUACCCACAAUGACGUGUUUGCCCAGGAAACAAAAUUCGCUUAUUUGAUGCUGGUCAACUUAACCACAAUAUAAAGUCUUUCCACCGUGCGCAGAUAGGAACUAACAUUUUUGCAGGCGCGGACACGCAUAUCUUCAAGGGGCAUCGAAUGUUGAAUGCGCUUUAUUACUAACAGCAGUGUCGAGCCAACGAGCACACCACCCCCCACAGAACAUCAACCAGCACAGCGAGCGGUAGAAUAGGCGAUCCUGAUGAUUGAGAAUAACUCUUUUAUUGAGAAAGUAUUUUGUUUGUCGGCACUUGCAAAAUGGCCGAUAUGUUUUCUUUCUUUGAACACAAAACGUUAAGCCGUGGCUGUUGGAUAGGAAAAAACCUGCACGCCGCUAUGCGAAGGCAAUGUGGGCGGAAUGCCGGGGCUUUACAUUAGAACGCGUUUUCGUUUGAAGUUGGCGUCUUGUUUGAGAGUAGAUGUGACAGAUUUGCGUAAAAUAGGGUAAGAUGUUAUCAUGAACGGAGAUGAAAGGGCUUUUCCAACACGGAGAUGUAGCAUGGAUCAAAGCAUUUGUUGGAUUUCAGCUUUUACAAGCGGACAUCAACGCAGUAGUAUUUUAGCAAGCUUACGAACGCAUAUAGGAUACCAUCAGGAUUGUCAUUGGUAAGUUGAAGAGGAGAUACUUUUACGAUGUAAAUGACAGUAGAAAUAAGUCCUACAUAUGUUGUUGUACUUCGUAUUGGUUUAAUAUUCAUGUAGAGUAUGAGACAUUAAGUGAAAGUUUUCUGAGGUACAUCUGCAAUUGUCGGAAGGCAAAAAUAAAUAAAUUAAUUAAAAUUCGUGUCCUUUGACGAACGUAGCUUUGAACCUACCACCUUAGCCGUGGAAAGCUUUGGCCGCCUUGGAGAGGAGGGUUACGAGUUCAUCGAUGAACUUGCGACACAUGCCGUGGGAGGAAGGGACGGAGGAACGAUGGCUCUGAAAGGAGUCUUCAAGGAACGACUUCUUCAGAUCGUUUCGGUGGCUACACAGGUGGCCAUAUCUCGGCGAGUGCAGAGGUACAAGCUCGCAUUGCGCGGGCGUCAAGACGCCGAAAACAGGCGAACAAGAUCGACCUCGAACCAGUCAACGCCAAUGAUAUGGGGAUGGAGUGUAGACGCAUCGUGGAACGCGUUGUCGUUUGAAGUUGGCGUCUUGUUUGAGAGUAGAUGUGACAGAUUUGCGUAGAAUAGGGUAAGAUGUUAUCAUCAACGGAGAAGAAAGGGCUUUUCCAAGACGGAGAUGUAGCAGGGAUCAAAGCAUUUGUUGGAUUUCAGCUUUACAGGAGGACAUCAACGCAGUAGUAUUUUAGCAAGCUUACGAACGCAUGUAGGAUACCAUGAGGAUUGUCAUUGGUUUUAUUUCAAAUUGAAGAGGAGAUAUUUAUACGAUGUAAGUGACAGUAGAAAUACGUCCUACAUAUAUAUGUUGUUGUACUUCGUAUUGGUUUAAUAUUCAUGGAG